UCUCACUACCCCUUCAUACCUACUUUUUCUCCCUCAUUCCGAAAACUUUCUUCAUUUGGUAAAGUAAAAAUCGUUUCAUUUUCUCUUCUUUUACCAGAAUGCUACUACUCUCUCCGUGAUUGCUAAGCUUUCGUUUUCGUAUCCUUUGCGUAUUUUCCUUUCUUUUUCUCUCGGGAAAGGAGAAGCAGAAGGAAGUUAUUUCGAGGUGGGUAACUGUAGACGAGCAGAGAUGAAGAUAUUUGAUUCGGGUAUUGGAUACAUGUGGUCUGGAUUGAAGAUUUCUUGGCUUCGUGUGAAACGCUUUUGAGUGUUCUUUGACCUUUAUUGGUGGGUCUAAAUCUAUUUUUCUGUUACUGAAGUUGAACAGGUAAAGUUGGAACUUCCAUUCUUGCUCCCGAAGUAAUUGAUGGUAGAGAGAGAGAGAGAGAUGAGGAGAGUGAAUGAAUGCCUUUUUAUUCUAUGUUAUUUAGGAGGUCUAAUGUUUGGUUGGUGGGUGGGUGAUAGGCAACUGUAACUUUUUCUAGAAAUUGUGCAGCAAGGGGACGUUGGGUCAGGGGUAAGAAGCAUACUUACAUCAAAAUUGUUGCAGGAGGUUGGGGAACACUUGAUAUUUGUGCUUGAAAUGUUAAUAUGUUAGUUUGGUGAGACCCAAGUGUGAUUGUAGCUUUCUAUGUACUAGUGAUGUCACUUCUGCCUGGCAAGUCUUAAAGACAGAACUAUCUGAGAUUGUUGGGCUUUGUGGAUUGAGCAUCUUGGAUUUUAAUAUCAUGUUGUCUUGGAAGCGAUCUUUUGAUCUUUGCACAUUCAACUGUGGAAUUGGGCAACUGGGACUUUGGUGAAUUGGAAAGGCAUUUUGAUCCUUCGCUUUUGGUAGGAAUUACAGCGACUUCCUAUCUGCAAAAAAAUCAAUCUUCUGAAAUAGAGUUGCCCAGCAUUUUAUGGGGUGAGUGUUAUCUUUAAGAAGAAGAUUGGUGAAUUCGUUUCAUGAAUUCAUUCUCAGUGAUGGAGUGGAAUGCAAAGUGGGACUGGGAAACCCUAGUCAUGUUCAGUUCAAAAGGCACUGAAAGUCCGACAAAGCUACAAUUAACAGACUGGGGAAGUAUAGGAGAUGGAGAAAUUGAUGCUGGAUCUUUUCAUUUGUCUGGAGGCAGUGGUGGCUGUGGCUCUAAUGGGGGAAAUGGUCCUUCAGUAAAGAGCUCAAUGUCAGCCUCAACCAAUUCUUCAUCAAAGGAUGAGAUGAAAACAUCACAUUUCACUUUUGAGGCAGUUGAAGAUUUUCCUAGAGAUUUUAGCAAGAAGGAAGAAUUAGCUGGUGCUGACUUAUCUGGAACUUCUCCCCCGCUGGAAACCUCAGUUGGGUCUGGUGAAUCAUUGAUUGGUCUGAAACUUGGUAAGAGGACAUAUUUUGAAAACAAUUGUCCUGGGAACAACAAUAAGACCACAUCUCUUUCUGCUAUUCCUGUAGCAUCUGCAAUGACAGCAAAAAAAAUCAAAUCAUCUUGUCGUAGUGCACCUACACCACGCUGUCAAGUUGAAGGCUGCAACCUAGAUCUCUCAUCAUCUAAAGAUUAUCAUCGAAAGCAUAGAGUUUGUGAAAGUCAUUCUAAAAGUCCACAGGUUGCUGUUGGAGGUCUAGAACGUCGGUUUUGCCAACAGUGUAGCAGGUUCCAUAGCUUGUCAGAAUUUGAUGACAAGAAGCGAAGCUGUCGCAGGCGGCUAUCUGAUCACAAUGCACGGCGACGAAAGCCACAGCAGGAAGCAUUCCAUUUUAAUUCAACAGGGCCAUCAUUUUAUGAUGGCCGGCAACAAAAUUUUGUGUUGAACAAUGCCCCUCGUCUUCAUAGUAGACCUGCUACAGAUUCAACUUCGAAAAACACACCUAGCUCCAAGUUCACACUAACAAACGGGUAUGCAUUGAAGCCUGAAAAAGCGGGAAACACUGAUGGUCAGCCACAUUCACUAGGGUUACAUCUGCCGCAUACCAUCUGCAUGCCCAGUCAUGAUUCUGGUACGCUCAUUUCAUUCCAGGGAACCACAGCUGACGUUAAUAGUCAAGGUUCCAGUGAAUCCAGGUUUCCUUGCACCUUAGAUCCAGCAUCGAAUAUUCAUCGUGCUCUCUCUCUUCUGUCAAAUACUUCCUGGGGUUCAUGUGAGCCGAAGUCACUUGAUCACCCCAUGCAUGUGACUCAUACCAGCAUUCCUCAGCAUGUGAUGCAUACAGUGCCCCAAGGUUUGCCGCUUGCUUCAUCUGAAUACUGGCGGGCUGAACUGCAGUCAACUGAUGUCCACGCACAUACUAUGGGUGCAAACAGUUAUACCAGCAGCCACUUGCAAGAAACUGAGCUUUUCAAAACACCAUUUGAGGCGGGCUUUUUUUCCAAUCCGUUGAACUAGCAACUGAACAUAUCCUCAGAUGUCAAGUGUGGAUACCUUAUUUGGGUAUAGAAUCCUUGAGUGGUGUCCUCACCAAACCAUACCAGAAUUGGAAACUGUUGAUGACUGAAUACCCUUAGAAGUGCAUCCUCUGUUCUGAAGGCUCAAGUUGUUAAAGUGGAGGAAACUCAGUAAAUUAGCAUUGUCCAACAUUGAAUUGUUUUGGUUGUUGCUACGAUUUUCUCUCUUAAUAUCCUGAUUAGAACCUUGGUUUCUUGUGAUUCUGCAAUGAAUUUCUUCAUGAUAGUUGCUUUUUGAGCGUCUACUUCGUGAAUGAGUGAUCAUUGCGGAUAGGUUUACAUUGACAUUAAAGCAUCUGCCUCGUAUAUCAUUUUAUGUAAAGACUUAUUAAAUUGUGAUUGUAGUAUGAGUACUAGAAAGUGUAGUUAUUUGCGUGGAAGCUGACAUGAGAGAUCCCAUGUAUAUCAGCAAGUUGUCAGAUUGCUCAUUUGGGGGGUGUUGGGAUCAUGUUUGGUUUUAUUUGAUUUGUUUUAAUAUUUUAGGUUUUCUGAGAGGGUGGAGGUUCCUACUGGGAGGUAGGGUGGUUUGACCUGAGGCAUGUUUGGGACAGUUCAUAUCUCUCUCUACCUGUGUUGUAAAACAUCUCAAGAAGGGGUUCUAAUACGUUUUUAAGUCUUUUUGCACGAG